GACGCACCCCAAACCCCCCCACCCGACCCCCGACACGAGUGGCAUGAACUUGGAGCCGGGUGAGUGCGGGAUGAACUCGGUGAGCUGCGGCAACGGGAGGGAGAAUGACGAGAAGAGCAUCUUCCGUAUCCCCUGGAAGCAUGCCGGCAAGCAGGACUACAACCGCGAGGAGGAUGCCGCCCUCUUCAAGGCUUGGGCUCUUUUUAAAGGCAAGUUCAGAGAAGGCAUUGAUAAACCAGAUCCCCCUACCUGGAAGACAAGAUUAAGGUGUGCUUUGAACAAGAGCAACGACUUUGAAGAACUGGUGGAGAGAAGCCAGCUGGACAUCUCAGAUCCCUAUAAAGUGUACAGAAUAGUGCCGGAAGGAGCUAAAAAAGGUGCAAAACAGAUGAGCAUGGAGGACCAACCGUUAAUGAUGAACCAUCCCUUUCCAAUAACAUCUCCUUACAGCUCACUACCGUCUCAGGUACCGAACUACAUGGUGCCCCAUGAACGGAACUGGAGGGAGUUUGCCCCGGAGCAGCCGCAUCCCGACAUCCCCUACCAGUGCGCCAGCGUCCCCUUCGCAGCUCGCAGCCAUCACUGGCAAGGGCCUGGCUGUGAAAAUGGUUGUCAGGUGACAGGAACCUUUUAUGCUUGUGCCCCUCCUGAGUCCCAGACUCCUGGCAUCCCGAUUGAGCCAAGCAUAAGGUCUGGUGAAGCCCUCGCCCUGACAGAUUGUCGGCUCCACAUCUGCUUAUAUUACCGUGAAAUACUGGUAAAGGAGGUGACAACUUCCAGUCCUGAAGGUUGUAGGAUAUCCCAUGGCCAAAGCUACGAGGUCAGCAGCCUGGAGCAAGUUAUCUUCCCUUAUCCAGAGGAUAACGGCCAGAGGAAGAACAUAGAAAAACUACUGAGCCACCUGGAACGAGGAGUAAUACUGUGGAUGGCGCCUGAUGGCCUCUACGCUAAGAGACUUUGCCAAAGCAGGAUCUACUGGGACGGACCUCUGGCACUCUGCAGUGACCGACCCAACAAGCUGGAGCGGGACCAAACAUGCAAGCUCUUUGACACUCAGCAGUUUUUAGCAGAGCUGCAAGCCUUUGCUCACCAUGGACGCCCACUGCCAAGAUACCAGGUCGCUCUGUGCUUUGGGGAAGAAUUUCCAGAUCCGCAGAGGCAGAGGAAACUAAUUACAGCUCAUGUUGAACCAAUGUUUGCCAGGCAGCUGUAUUACUUUGCUCAACAAAACAGUGGACAUCUUCUGAGAGGCUAUGAUUUACCAGAACUUGUGGCUUGUCCAGAGGAUUAUCACAGAUCUAUUCGCCAUUCCUCUAUUCAAGAAUAA